AUGUUACGGCUCGUGCAGCGCAGUCACGCCCUCACCGUCAAGACAUGUCUCCUCCGCGAUGAAACCGCGCUAAACUACUACACCUCAGAGCAUGAGCUGCAUAUUUCGAUGGUGGAGGAGAUCAUGAGCCGGUUUCCCGACCGCCCAAGCGUGACCCUCGACAUUGGCAUCAUUCCAUCCCUGUACUCGGCGGCCAUGUGGUGCCGAGAUCACAGUGUGCGACGCCGCGCGAUCGCAGUCCUGAAAUCGUGGCCGCACCGCGAAGGCUCGUUCGAGUCCGAGUGGGCUCCUUGGAUAGCCUCGGAGCAGAUCAAGGCCGAGAUCAUGUCCAACCUUUCAGACUGCAGAACGCCAACGGAGUCAUCUAGCCGUCAUUCCAAGGCCGAAAAGGGAAGAUGGGCGGGCGUCGAGAUCAGUGGCUUUUCGCUGGAACGUGCUUUGGACUCUACGAAAUGCAGAGCGCUGGCCCUGUGUCCGAGCAAUUCAUCAAGCUAG